AUGUCCAAAUUCUGGGAACUAGAAGAAGUUCCACUAAAACGUCAUUUAAACCCCAAGGAGAAGGCAUUUGAAGCUCAUUUUAUUAAUCACACCCUUCGCCUGGAGUCAGGUAGAUUCUCUGUCAGUUUUCCCUUAAAAGAUUUACCAGACUGUUUGGGUGAAUCUUAUACUCUCGCCAAAAACCGCUUACUGACUUUAGAAAAACGAUUUAGAAAACAGCUAGACGUCAAACUACAAUACAUAAAUUUUAUACGAGAAUAUGAAGAAUUAGGACAUCUUACCGAAUCAACAAUUUCUAAACCAAAUCCUUCAUAUUUUCUAUGUCAUCAUGCUGUAUUUAAAAAUAGCAGUGAAUCAACAAAGAUCAGAGUGGUCUUUGAUGGUUCGGCUCCUACAUCAUCUGGUCAUUCCAUCAAUGACAUUCUUAUGGUAGGCCCAAAUUUACAAGAUAGUUUGUUUUCCAUUCUUAUCAGAGCACGUCAACAUAAAUAUCUCUUAACCGGCGACGUAAAAAAAAUGUAUCGGCAGAAUAGAAAUAUGCAACUGAUAUUAUGGAGGGAAGAUGAGUCUUUGCCUAUCAAAACUCUCAUUCUUAACACGGUUACAUAUUAUGGCAUGGCGAGUUCUAGCUACUUAAGCACACGAUGUCUUUGGCAACUAGGUGAAGAAUGCUCAGAUGAAUGA